AUGUUACUCUUUUUUGCAAAACUUGUCGUAUUUACCUUUUUCUUCUGGCUUUUAAAAUAUGGGAAAACG